AGUAGGAGGUGAUGUGAACCAAACAUUUACUCACGCCAGGGCUCUUCAUAUUUCAUCCAGAGGAGCGCAUGAAUCCGGGCUCAGGCACACUGCCCGCCGCUGUCCUGGAUGCUGCACAGACUGAGACAGGAGGCUACAGCUGCUGCAUCCCUCACUUUGUAAAUAUCGUACAUAAUACAAAUAGCUGCGACUGUGACAGCUUGAACUAAGCAGACAGAGGAACAGCACAGGAGCUGUUGUUUCGUGUACAGUGCCGGUGUAGACAGUACUGUGGAGAUGGAGCGGUGGAAAGGCAGAGUGGCCCUGGUGACCGGAGCCUCGGUGGGCAUUGGAGCGGCUGUUGCCCGGGCACUGGUCCAGCAAGGCAUGAGGGUUGUCGGCUGUGCCAGAAAUGUCGACAAAAUAGAGAAGCUGGCUGCAGAAUGUCAGAGUGCAGGCUACAGUGGCACGCUGAUCCCUUACAAGUGUGACCUGUCCAACGAGGAGGAGAUCCUUUCCAUGUUUUCAGCGAUCAAGACGCUACACAAGGGCGUGGACGUAUGCAUCAACAAUGCCGGAUUGGCCCACAAUGAGCCCUUGCUCAGUGGAAAGACAGAGGGCUGGAGGAACAUGAUCGACGUGAAUGUCUUAGCCUUGUCUAUCUGCACCCGUGAGGCAUACAAAUCAAUGAAGGAGAGGAAUGUGGACGAUGGCCACAUCAUCAAUAUUAACAGUAUGGGGGGGCAUCGAGUGGUGCAGAGUGCUGAUGAGCAUUUCUACUGUGCCACUAAAUACGCUGUGACUGCUUUGACUGAGGGCAUACGGCAAGAGCUUCGAGAAGCAAACACCCACAUCAGAGCCACAUGUAUAUCUCCUGGAAUAGUGGAGACUGAGUUUGCUUUCCGACACCACAACAGCGAUCCAGAGAAAGCGGCUGCAGUGUAUGAGAGUAUGAAAUGUUUGAAAGCAGAAGACAUAGCGAGUGCCGUCACAUAUGUCCUCAGUGCCCCUCCUCAUGUCCAGAUUGGAGAUCUGCAGAUGAGGCCAGUAGAGCAGGUGUCAUAGCAGUGAAACAGGAAGCUGCAGGUGGAGCAGAGAGACAGCAGCCAUGGUGACUUCUUAGCGACCUCUGCUGGGCACAUGUGGGGAAGGGGGAGGGAGUAUCAAAUCAACUACAGCUGUGUUGGAUCUGCAGGGAGGUGGUCAAAGAGGGCUGGAGCCUUAAGGAGGCUGUGCGAGGAAAUGAAGGGCGUGGACUUUGUAAAACCACUACAAAAAUACUACUGAAUGCAGCAACCUGGUAUUUGUGAAUUGUUGAGCCCAGUACUGAACUGAGCCGACUCCACACUACAGUAGGAACAAAUAACAAAGGAGAGAGUUGCUGCUGCUGUGCUAUGUGGUCAUCUGCACGACCGUCACUUCAGAGGGAAGAGUAUGCCAUUGAUUGCACAUGUUUUUGCUUUUUCUUUGCUUUUGUAGGUCAUAUGACAUAUCUUUUUGAAAUUACAUGGAAAGAGUAACUGCUGUUUAUAAGAAUUACAUUUUUUCUUUUUGUUUAAUUUGUUUUAUAAAUAUUUUAACUUUUGAUCAUA